AUGGUUCUGGAGCCCAGUGGCCGAAGAUCCGCUGCUGCAGCCAAAACUGUUUCCGCUCGGCAACAAGUGGGCAACAGUAACCAGACAGGCAACAACCAGGCAACAAGUGGGCAACAGCAACCAGACAGGCAGCAACCAGGCAGCAACCAGACAUGCAACAACCAGACAGGCAAUAACCAGUCAAAUAACAACCAGGCAACAACAACCAGACAACAACAACUAGGCAACAGCCAGUCAUCAACAACCAGGCAAAACAACCAGACAGGCAACAAGUGGGCAACAGCAACCAGACAGGCAACAAGCAAGCAACAGCAACCGGACAGGCGACAACCAGUCAUCAACAACCAGGCAACAACCAAGCAGCAACUAGGCAACAACAACCAGGCAAAACAAACAGACAGGCAACAACCAGGCAGCAAGCAGGCAACAGCAACCAGACAGGUGACAACCAGGCAACAACCAGACAAGCAAUAA